UGCUUCGAGGGGACCCAGGCCAAUAUCAUCCAGCGAAUCCGGGACUGGAUUGAGUCCCCUGGCCCAGAGCACAUGUUUUGGCUUCAUGGAGUAGCCGGUGGAGGUAAAUCAACUAUCUCACGAACCAUUGCGGUACAAUGCCGUGACCGAGUCUCUCUCUCUGACACCAUUUGUUUGGGUGCGAGCUUUUUCUUUGAUAAGAAUGAAAUUCGGCAAAGCAACGCCACUUAUCUCUUUCCCACCCUCUGCCAAUCACUUGCAAGUUGUUUACCUGAGCUCAAAUCUGAAAUUUGCAAAAGUCUUGAGGAACACCCAGGUGCUGGCAAGGAGCAUGUCUCGCUAAGGAUGCAGUGGAACCAUCUCAUUCUUCAGCCUCUGUUAAAAUUGGAGAAAAGAAACCGGCUCCUACCUCUAACACUAGUCGUGGUCAUUGAUGCACUUGACGAGUGCCAGCCUAUGUCUGAGGAUGACCCUGUCAGCGCCAUCCUACGAUUAUUUGACGAAGCUCAUCAGCUAAAUUUUGUCCGACUCAAGUUUUUCCUUACCAGCAGGCCGCAAAAGCAUAUCUUCACCAGCUUUGAACAUGAUGUGUCAGGAUCUCACUGUUGCAUAGCCGGACUUCACGGGGAAGGAUCAUCCUAUGAUAAAGGUAGAUUUCGGCACGACAUCAGAAUGACACUCAAACACAAGUUACGUGAAAUAGCUGAUAGGCAUGGCCUUGAGCCAGAAUGGCCUGGGGACGAAAGAUUGAAUGCUCUUGCUGAGAAGGCCGAUGGGUUGUGGAUAUAUGCUUCGACGGCUUGGCGGUUUAUAGGCGAUUAUAGAGUGACACGAGAAAAGGCCAAAUCACGUUUGGAUUUACUUUUGAAGGACGACAGAACACCUCGUGAGACAGUGGACAAAAUUUAUGUAGAAGUGCUCCAGGAUAUUCUUGACCCCGCAACGCCCGAGGAGACGGAUGACACCCGUCUCAAUUUUCAAGCGAUCGUGGGCGCCAUUAUCGUGCUCUGUGAACCUUUGUCUAUGGCUACUCUGAGCAAUCUCGUACGCAAGGAUAUUGCUGACACGAAAGAUCUUCUAGAAAGUCUGAGCUCAGUCAUUCACCUGGUCGCCGGCCAGGAUUUCCCAGUUCGUCUCGUGCAUCCAUCCUUCCCGGAAUAUCUGACAAGCCCAGAAAGAUGUCUCGAUAGAACCUUUCUGGUAUCGAGAAAGGAAAAGCAUGUCGACUUAUUUUUCAAUUGUAUAGAGACACUCACCAACACGCUGAGACGCGACAUAUGCCAAAUCGGAGACGUUUCCACCAUGAACUGCGACAUUGAUUCAGAACUGCUGGACCAGAAAAUUCCACCGCACCUAAAGUAUGCUUGCAUGUAUUGGGUGGAGCAUCUGCACUUAAGUGGAGCUUCAUACCUCGUUCUAGAUGAUGGGCCGGUGUACACUUUUCUAAGAGAGCAUCUUCUACAUUGGCUCGAGUCGUUGAGUAUUAUGGGGAUGGUAUCUGAGGGAACGCGUGCUGUGAUAAAGCUCUCGGAGUACUUGCUUAGUCUUCCUGUAAGUCACAUAACUACCUGCUACCAACUGUCAGCCCCACAGUAUCUUCCUCGGGAAUCCGAAAACUUAUCUCUCAACAUGCGUGACUAA